UAUUCUCUCUUUUUAAAGAACGUCUUCAUUAAAUGAGGUGCCAAACAUGAACCGCUGACACAAAUACUUUAUGCUUGUCAUGUCUCCCAACUGAAGCUGCCAACAUACUUGUCCUGGUGUCUGUAGGUACUAGGAAGUACGAGGGUGCCUCGAAGGCAGCACAAGCCCACAUAUAAUGAUCCUCUUCAGCACUAGGAACAGCGGGCCAGCCUGCAGAGCUCUUCCGGAGGCGGAUAAUCCCCAUCUCUCUACACGAAGUCCUAAUGCAAUCAGGAAGGGAUUGCUAUAACUCGCCUCAAAGGAAAAAAGAAACGUUUUGGAAGGCAAAAUUUGCAAGAUAGGACCUAGAAGUCCCCCAUCAGGAAGAGCUCGGGCGGGCAGAGAGAUGGAUAUUUGCGUCUCACAUUUUCUUUAUUGUGUAUAGUAACAUUUGACAUUGAUAAGCCGAUCCUCUAUAAUAUGACAGCUGCUGUCGCAUUUCAUCUAGUUUGGAGAAACUACUGAGAGAUCCUGCUUGCGGUUUUUAUCUUUUUCUUCCCCCCCUCUCUUCUUCUUAUUCCGGCACCAUGGUGACAUACAAUCUGGCUUUAACUUUAAUUAUUGCGGCUCUUUGGCGGGUCAGCGGCUCACCACAAACUCUCGUGCCCGUAACGACGCAGUUCAAUUCAACGUCGUCAUCAUCAUCCAUCAUCAGCGAAGAUGAACCGACACAUAAUGUGACAGAGGCUGCCGUGGGAUCCCGCAUUUCAUCCAUAAUGACCUAUCUCCCAACUCUGAAAAACAUUGUUAUUUUCAUCUGCGUGUUAACAGCUGCUCUCAUCACAUGUCUGGUCGUCAAAGUGAUCAGAACUGGCAGACGAAUCAGAAAAACACGGAAAUACGACAUUAUAACGACACCUGCGGAGCGUGUGGAGAUGGCUCCUCUUAAUGAGGAGAAUGAUGAUGACGAUGACUCAACCCUCUUUGAUGUCAAAUAUAGGUGAAUCCCGGCAUGGACAUCGAUAUUUUAUAUCUCCUGUUUUGCCUGAGACAACUCAAGUGAUUUUCUGUAUUUUUGUUUUGCCAAGUCUUACCAAAUCAGCAACGUCAUAUGCUGCGUGUACAUGGCUUUUUAUCUGUGUUUUAAAGACUGGAGCUGCAUAGUUAUCAUUGUUUGCUGCUUUUCUGAUGCUUUUAUCAUGUGGCCCAAAUAACCAGCCCAGUACUUUAAUAUUAAAUCAGGCUGUUGGAGUUCAGUCGUCUUCAUAACCACUAAUUAUUUCUGACAGUUAUUGUCAUUUACAUUUAAUUUUUACACUUGAGCUAUAGUAUGCUGGGCUGAGCCGAGGGGUUUAUAAUAGAAAGCAGUGCAGAUAUUAAAAUGCUGGAUAAAUCGCACUUUGUGAUUUUUAUCUUUAAAUUAAAGGUCCAUUUAAUAGGAUUUAGUGGCACCUAUCAGUGUAGUUGCUGCUUGCAUCGCCAUCGCCUCACCCUCCCGUUCCAAGCUUGUAGGAGAAACUAUAGCUGAUUAUCCACCAAUGAAAGCAUAUAUAUGAAUAUUAUAUCCC